AUGACAGCCGGGGCCUCUGUCCCAGAACUCCACACCGCCAUGCUGCCUGUUUUGCUGAUAAGGCUAAGGAUAUUCCUCUACCAAUCCGCCCUUUCAUCACAGCCCGUCGCUGUUACAACCAUUUUCAAGUCGUUUCUCUCCAAACGUAUCAAUCCAAUGCUCCCACUACUCGAUAUAUCGAAGGGAGAUCCGCCACCUGAUCCUCCGUCUGGCUUGGAUGUCGCUUUCGGGGUGGCACUGGACCCGGCGGCUGCAGCGCCAUCCUUGGAGGAUGUCGUAGUGGAUAAACUUUCCGCGGAUGUCGUGGAAGAGGUGAAAGAGGGGAUAGGAGGUAUCGCCGAAGUUAUCGUUUCCGGGAAUGACGCCUGCUGUGUAGAGAUUGUUGGUUUUUUAGAAGCCGAAGAGGUUGCUGCAAUCCCUGUCGAUGUGGGUGUCGGUUUCGAGGCCAAAGUUCCACUCGAUACUGACCAAAACAUCAAUGAGGUCGUAGGAGUAGCCAUCUGUUUCGUUGUAGCUUUGGUCGUUGGUACCAUCGUCAUGGUAACAGAAGCCUGUGGUGGUUCUGAUACGGGCGUUGAAAAACACAGCGCCGCUAAAAUCCCUCCAUUCUUGAUAAUCCCCAAUAGUGUUUGUGCAUUUACGCUAGCGGAUACGCAGGCGUCUCGCACAUCUGCUUGUAUGGUCAACAGAUUCGCAAUGCAAUCAUUUGAGCAUCCCCUGUCGAAAUCCUUCUUUUUGCAAUUGACCAUCUGCGUAUCGGACAAGGCGAGCGCUGUAGGCAGUGCAAGGGACAGACCAAGGUGUUUGCGCAGCAUUGUGAAUGAGAAUGGCAGUAGGGGUCCCAAGCCGGCUCCGAAAACGUAG